GGGUGUACCAGAAAUCCAAACCCUGUAGAAAACUGAGCUCAAUCAAAGUACCGUAUUUUGACCCAGCUUUUUGCCCACCUCUGCCGAAAAUUCUGCUAAAAAGGAAAGCCCACCAACUUUGUAUGUAUGUAUCCACUAACUAAAGGGGAGAGAAAGUUGAGUGAAAGUACCAAGUUUUGGGUGGUGGUACUGUUCUGUUGGAUUUUGGAUAUAUAGACGACUCUCUCUCCCAUAUGAAAAGAGAUCCUUCCUAACUUGCUGCUGCCUGCCUCUGGAUGAGCGGAGGAUAUGGGUCAAGGGUGUGUGUUCUUUACUCUUCUUGUGCUACAUAGAGUUCCGACUGCUUUGAAGUAAGUAUACGAUACCAACGAACCAAGUAAGUAAAAGGCAAGGAAGGAAGAAGACAGAUCAGCUUUUAAUAUAGCACACAAAGAGGAAAAAGGUAGUUGGUUCGUGGAGCGGUGACGGUGAACAAUUGCAGGAAUUUUUUGCAAAUUUUGGUUUUUGCAAAAUCGGGAAGAUUAAAGAAGGGAAGUUUACGAAAUUAAGAAACUUUGUGAGUCAUCAAUUAUUGUACGAGUUACCUGAUUUUCAUAUCACUACAUAAUUCUAUUCCGGAAGUGAAGCUAUUUAUUUCCACUAUUAUUUCCUCGGAGGAAAAGUAAAUAAUCCCCAAUUUCCAAUCCAAAAUGAUGAUGGACGGCGGCGGUGCAUUCGGUGGAGCCAAGGCGGGCGCGGCCUUUGACCCGGUCACAUUUGCGAAGAAACCCCCCGUCAUUUUGAGAGGGCUGUGUCUCGUGAGUUUUCACAAAUUAAAUUAUUUCAUAUUCAUAAAUCAGAAACAUUUCAAAAUUAUUUUAUUUUAUUCCCAGCUCUUCGCCAUCAUCGUAUUCGGCUGCAUUUCCUCCGAAGGUUGGCGAUACGACCGGACAAAACGAAGGGAAACCUGUCUCUUCAAUGACGACGGGAACGCUUGCAAUUUUGGCGUGGGGAUCGGUGUUAUCGCCUUCCUCGCCGCGAUCGGCUUUCUCGCUGGCGAAUAUCUCUUUGAACAGAUGUCCUCCGUGAAAACGAGGAAGCAUUAUGUCCUCGGAGAUUUGGCAUUUUCUGGACUUUGGGCAUUCCUCUACUUUGUCGCAUUCUGCUACCUGUCAAACGAAUGGAGUAAAUCGGACGACCCACCUGGAGGUGUCGGAGUUGGAAAUGUCAAAGCUGCCAUUGCGUUCUCCUUCUUCUCCAUUUUCUCAUGGGCUGGAUGUGGAUUCUUUGCUUACACGAGAUUCCGCCAAGGUGCAGAACAAGCGUUCGCUCCAGCAUAUGAGGUCGAUUCUGGAGCGAUGCCAGGCGCCACGGCGUACUCGUCUUAUCCUGGCGGACAGGACAUGGGCCCCGGGGGAUACUCCGAGCCACCCUUCAACACUGGGAGAGGUGGUGGAAUGGAAUAUGCCACACCAACCUAUUAAACUCUGUCUGUAGACAAGAUAACCAAUGAACAACGCAUCUUAUCAACUUCAAGAUAACCACUUUGAGUCAAACGAAGGUAAAAAAAUGAAUUUCCACACCACACCACACCUGACAAACUAACUCUUCUAGUCUCCCAACCAACUACUGUAUACCGUGUCAAAUCAAGUCAGGUUUUCAACCCUCAUUCAUUCAUAAUCAAUAAUAAUAUACAAAACCAAGCAGAAAUUGGGGGACGCAGUCAGUCUUAAAAGAAAUCAAAUUGAGGGAAGAAUUACUUAAUAAGCACACACAAUAAUAAUACAAAUACCGGAAAAGUAUUCAAUUUACUGACUUCCAGCAAGAAAUUCUCGCCCUUCCAACGAAUAUUUAAGUAUAAAGAACAAACGGGAACUGAAAAUUUGGAAGCGAUAUUAUAGCCUAGCCACACCUGGUCGGUUAACUGGAAAAUAUUAUUAAAUGUUCAUUAAACUAAAUAUACAAGCAUACCACAAUUAACUACAUAAAUACAUAUUAGAAAUAUUGUGUGAUUUCUCAACUAAAAAUGAAUCAAUCUAUCAUCUCAUCUGUCUCAAUUCUAAAUAAAAUUGCAUGCCACAUACAUAAAUAUAUUUUAUUCUGCAUGAUUAAACUAAGGAUUAAUUCGUUUAAUUGUAAUUAAUCAAUCACGGUUAACUUUAUUAGUGAGCUUAUCCGAGCUGUUAAAAAAGCCAUCAUAUUAAAAAAAAUACGUUCCUUUUACUUACGUAAUAAUUCCACACAAUAAUUUCGAAAUUUCGAAAAUAAUUCCACAAUAAUUUCCAAACCAGCCAAUACAGAAAACUUUGCAAUAUUAUUAAACCUCAUAAACCAAUCAAUACAUAUUUACCGUCAAUAAUUAAUUUACAAUUAAUCAAAUAAUUUACAUAUUAAUUACUAAUUAAGAAAAUAAUACUUACCAAUAAUUAAACUAACUUUAAUCAUAAUUAAUUAGCAUAAAAAAGCAGCAAGCAAUUCAAAAGCAGCCAGCGAAAACUAACCAAGCAAACCUCGACCUGUACAGUCAACGCGAAAAAAAUCAGCACCGGUAAAAAAUUGUCUACCAUUUAAGAAAUAAUUAAGUCUAAUUAAAAUUAAUUAACCUAAUAA